UUCUGCUUUCUUUGCAUGUAUUUAUGUCCUAGCUUCCUCUCCUUCCACCACAACCCCCAACUUCCAACUUAUAAUAACUCUUUAAACUCAUCUCAUCUCUCUGACCCUCUCUCUCUCUCUGUUCUCUUAUCCGAGUUGAAAAAAUGAGGCAAAUCUUUCAAACAACAGCUAUUGUUCUGUGCAUUUUGUUCAUCAUUUCUUCCUCAACAAUAUCAGCCAGGGUUUUACAGAACAAAGAAGGACAAGAGGAGGCAAAGCUCAAGGAAACCAGUGAUGGGAAUUCACUUACGGAGUUGGAAGGCACUGACUUCAUGAAUCUAAUGGGGCUGGAAGCCUGUGUUGAUGGAGAUGAAGACUGUUUAAAGAGAAGGGUAAUUGCAGAAGCUCACUUGGACUACAUCUACACCCAGCACCAUAAGCCUUGAUGCUGAAGCUAGCUAGCUUCAUAUUAUUCAACAUAAUCUGCUCUCUUUUGGAAUUCUUAACCAGCUAGCUUUUAAUCUUGGAGAUCGAGUUAAUUAAUUAUAAGAUUGUAGACUUUUUCUUUUGCGAAAAUGGAACUGUUACAAUCUAAGUGCAGAUAUGAAUAACUGUACCUAUUCUCUGUUGUGAUAAUUUAGUAAAGCCUUGGUCUAUAA